AUAGGCUAACAUUUUUUAGAUGAUGUACAUCUACAUAGUGCAAAUCUCAUUUUCUUCAUUGCCAGCAGUAAAUGUUUCCUACGCGACCCUUUGGGAAUACAAAUUACCAGAAUUGUGUGACACACAUUUCUUAAUUUGUGCCUCCGUGUAGAGGCUGGGCUGGCAGCUUGAUGAUGAGGCACCCAAUCCUGCGGAUCUCAAUUUACAUACGUUACGCCUCUCCUGAGGGGCAGUGUGGAAGGCCAGGAGCAUGUGUUUCUCCUUCUGGCCGACACUUAGUCCAAUAACGUGACUCCGUGCACCUGGCAAAAUAACGUGUGAACCUUCUGUUUUAUUAGGAAGCGUGGGACUUCAAAGAUCAGGAAACCGUUACAUGUGCGGAUCUUAGGUCGACUGCCUGUGUGAUGAACAGCCUGGCUGAAAGCGCAAUAACGCGAAGACGAGCGCCAUCAGCGUCUAAUAGGACUAUCAAGAUUUGAGGAAUCUUUUUUGUCUUAUUGAUGGUUUUCUUGUCACCCACGCAGGGUUCUCCAUUAUUUCGGGUGCCCACGAACGUCGCCAUUGCUGCAGUGAUGGAGGUGCCGAUGGUUGUCUGUGUUCUCAUGGCGAUUCUGGCAUCUUCCCUCCUGUCUACAGUAGCAAUCACUGCCAGUCCGACCGUGUCUGUGAAUAUCAGCACAGUGGUGGCCACAGAGGGGGAAACGGUGGUUCUUAGGGCUGAGUUCAGCCCGGACUACACGGUGUUCGCCCAGACGUGGAACAAGCUGGUUGGUGGGAUGAGAGGAGUAAGGACAGCUGUGUACAUGUACGCCUCCACCACAAACACUUCUAUGUCACUCGGAGCCUUGAAGGACCGCGCCAAUUUGGAUUCGGACAGUUCCCUGAGGAUCAUGACCGCCCGGAAGUCUGACGGGGGUCUGUACGUGCUGAGUAGUGUGCUAGAUGUGGUGGGACAGGAGGAUCACUACGUACAGCUCACCAUACUGGUUUUGCCAACCGUUCGCAUAACCUCGAAGAGGCCAGUUGUUGCCAUGGAACACUCUUCCGUCAUCCUGAACUGCACAGUCAACCACACCAGUUCCCUCACCUCUCCACCAUAUUGGGAGAGCGACCAACUCCAGGACGUCUCCCCCCACUUCCUCGGUAACAUGGAAUCAGACGACAACUACUCGCCAUGGCUGUUCCUCCCUAAAGUCUCGCGAGAGCGUGCGGGAAACUACUCGUGCGUGGCCGAGCACGUUAUGGGCACGACAUCUGACAGCGUCUACGUGACAGUCCUAUACUCGGCAAAAAUCGUGGAAAUAGUAGAAGACAACAGAGACAGCGACAACGUCGUUCUUCAGUGUCUUGCUGAGGGCAGCCCGUCCCCCCGAGUAGCCUGGUACCGAGGCUACAGCACGCAGCCUAUCGUCACUGCCAUGGGCACGGGGACGUCUCAGCGCCUGGGCCUGGUCCUGUCUAAACACCACAACACCACCAGCGGACAGUACAGGUGCGAGACUACCAACGGGCUCUCCGGCAAGGACUCCAAAUCAGUGUACGUCUCCAUUUUCCAGAAAGCUGUCACCGUUGUAAAAGCUGCUGAAAGCACAGGAAUUAUCCGUGUUCAAGAGGGAAGUCUGCUGCAAGUCAUCACCUUCACUGGCAUUGCCGCGGCAUCUUUGUGCCUCCUCCUGGUGGUCCUUCUGGCUGGGUUCAUAUUCUGCAGGAGGAGACCACAACUUCAGCAGCAACAGGAACUGGAGUACACAUUGGAUACCCCCAGAGAACCGGAGUACAUUCCCAUGGAGCACGUGCGAAAUAACACGUCACUUCCGGUCGAUUCCAACUAUGAACCCGUGGAUGAGGAGGUGACAUCAUCUUCCGACAUGUUGGACUCUCCACUUCCGACACAGAACGGCAUGGCCUAUCAGUGCAGGACGUUUUACGCCAAGGUCAUUGUGCCGUACUUCUCCCAUCAGCCGGGAUUUCUGUCCCUGGAUAUCAAUGACUAUGUGGAGGUGGUGGAUCAGACCUCGUCAGGCUGGGUUUACGGAUCUAUAGGAGACAGAUCCGGGGUGUUUCCCGCCACGUGUGUGGAACCCAUCAACAGGACUGACAAACGGAGGAAGAAGAGAAGCAGCUUUGGAGACAGGCGAGCACGUGAGACUCCUCUCUUAGUCCAGCUUUCUCGCAAGGCAGCGGAUGACAACAAAUUGUACACGGGAGACGACAAAGAUCAUCAUGACCAUUGUAACAAACAGAAUCCGUCAGGAUCUUGAAACUCACAACUUUGUGUUCGGAGGCCGGGUAAACUUUCUGUUUUUGCUGUGACUCAAAGCCCUCACCUUCACAGAGAAGUCAAAUGCAUGUGUGUGCAUCAGUGUGGUCAUCUUUUCGUCCUCCGCAACUGUUACUGCCUUAGAUUAAUGUGUACGACAAGGACGAGACAAAGACAAAGCCUGGGUUCGUGACCGAAACUGACCAGGCGCAAACUGACCAGGCGCAAACUGACCAGGCGCUGGAAUGUGGAAACUGUCAGGGAAUAGGAAGAACAUCUGUUGAGUGAAAAUAACGAAAUGGGGAGUUGGCAACUUAAGUCCUCUACUCAAAUACUGGAAUGAUGCUAAAGGUAUUACCUUGCUUUUUAUAUACGAACAUGUGUUCUGUAAAUGAAUAUAGUUGAAUAGUCGAAAGUAAAUACAUGUAACACAGAAUCGUCCAAUACCGGAACUAAAAUUCUUGGCAAAUGGACAUCUAAUACACUAAUAGGCUAGCCCUUGAGGCGUCGCCAAAUAUGAUGUUCCAUAGGGAGGCAACCCUAGAUCUAAUCUUGUCAGCCAACACGAACUCUAUUAACCUUGAAUUAGGAUGACCUUGCCUCUUGCCACUGCACUCAAGGCCAGUAUAGACUAUCUCCAACUUCAAUCCUAUCUGUGCAAAACCUUUCCAACUGGGAAUUGAUUACAACUUGUAAUGUUACAUAGGGAGUCCUUUUGUUCUAUCAAAGCAUUGCAAAGGAAUAUAUAAUAAUAAUAAUCCGUAGCAUUGUAAACGUUAUCAUACUAAGUAUCUUUGAUACAAUCGUUUCUUGAAUGUUCCUCUUCUGUCUAUAUUUCCUCCAGAUACACGCCUGAUGCUCAAGGAAAUAUUCCCGUACAGUGAUAUGUUGGAACAAGACUUCGUCAAGAAAAUUGGUUUCAUCAGUUGAUAUCUCCUUUGAACAUUCACGAACUAAUGUCAAACUGUCCAUAUCAAUAUCGACUUAUUGUGUAUGUCUGAAAGGAUCAGUACACGUACUUUUUCAGUAUCUAAUGUGUCUGUUUGAGGCAAUAAACAACGCACCAUCAAGAUAACCCAGUGUCAGCUUGCAUUGCGCCGGGCAUGUGUUUUGUAAUGGACCUCUCAAUUAAAAAGCAAUCUAACGAAAUGGCGCCAUUACGUUUACAGCCGCCGGAACCUAUACUAGAAGAUGUGGUUCAGUAAUUGUCCUAUAAUCUACCAUUAACGGGCGGUCCGUGGGGUGUGAUUAGAAAGGAUUGUCUAUCACUGAAUGAUGGACAAUUUCCCUCCUAUCAACACUUUAACGACUUCUGAGGAUUCCAUUACUUGACUAAUUGGUACGUGUUGUUAUUUCAGAAUUAUCAGAGAUAAUGGGUACUUAAGAAUGGAUAAAUUUAGUUUUAUGCCCUAUUUUCUCUAUCAUUCAUUGCUUCUUAACAAGCGCAUCUUCAAACUGAAGACUCCUGAAGUACCUAAGCUUUUACUUAUUUCCAUUCGAUAAACUAUCUCAAAAUUUGACGAUUGUAAGAUUGGUUGUUUACUAAAGGCUUUGUCACGUGUUCAUUGUACAUGUUGUUGGUAAUAUUGUGUGACUGUGUUCAAUUAUAUUUAUGGCUUCAUUAAUGUUUUUGAUCCUACACUUUUGUGAUGAAUAAA